AUGCCUGGUAUGCGGUCUACACCGUUUUCCUUGCUCAGGGAGUCUCUUCGGCCCGGGUCGCUCACUCAAUCUAGGUCCUUCCGUGCGUCCAGUCGGCUACGCAGCUUUUCGUCCCAACCUAUCCAACGCCCACCUGGCCGCCAACCAUGGGCUGGGAAUAAUGCAUUCGUGUGUUUAAUAUGUCAAUUGAAGGCGCAUUCGAGGCUUUACUCUACUCGUAAUGACAAGGGUACUCAGGGAGGGGUGAAUACUGAGCAGCCCAAGGAUGGAGGGGAGAACGGAGGAGUUACAGGUGCAGAUGCUUCUGGCAUGGUAAAACCGCCCGCUUCCUGCACAAGUGAACUUCCGUCCCAGGAAGAGCGCCUACGGUCCAAUCUCUCGAAGAAAUUUGAAGACUUGAUGGAUAAUUUGCAAUCCAACAUUUUUGUUGCUGGACAACAUCUCAACGAUCUCACUGGGUACACGGCCAUUGAGAAACUGAAGCAGGAUAUUCGGACCCAAGAGGAACUGGUGCGCCAUACUCGAGAGAAAGUUCGUCAAGCAAAGGAAGCCUACUCUUCAGCUAUAAACUGCCGUUCUGCGUCCCAGCGUGAAGUCAAUGAGCUUCUGCAGAGAAAGCAUGCCUGGACACCUACGGAUCUUGAACGAUUUACAUCUCUUUACCGUUCUGAUCACGUCAAUGAGCGGGCAGAGAUAGAGACACAAGAAGCACUCUCAAACGCUGAACGUGAAGCCGAGGAAACAACUGCCGAGCUUAGCAAGAAUAUCCUGACGCGCUAUCACGAAGAACAGGUGUGGUCCGAUAAGAUUCGGCGCAUGAGUACAUGGGGCACGUGGGGCUUGAUGGGUGUCAAUGUACUACUGUUCUUGGUCUUUCAGGUUGCGGUUGAGCCCUGGAGGAGGAGAAGACUGGUCAAAGGGUUUGAGGAGAAAGUUGCCGAAGCCUUGGAGAAGGAGAACGUUCGUCACACGAAGGAACUUUCCGCAGCAAUUAAGCAAGCGAAGCCAGCCUCUGAGCCGGAGAAAGAUACUAGUGUUCUAGCCGCAGACGCAUCUGAUUUACCUGAUGGGGCGGAUAAGUUUGAUUCUGCCCCUGAAACGCCCAUGGAGGGACAAAAUACACGGCAAGAACCUGUAGAAGCUCAAAUAUCGACCCCGGAAUUACCACCUCUGACACCCAUACUUCCACCAGAUCUUGAUCUAGCACCCGAGGCCUGGAGGAAGUCAUCCCAGGCCUUCUUCACUGAACGACGUGUUACGAUAUUACAACGAGAUUUGACUACUGUGGUGUUGGAAAGUGCGGCAGUAGGUGCUGCCGUGAUGGGAGGAGUCCUGUUUGCCAUAUCUCGGCUGAGUCAUAAAUGA